UUCUCUUAACUCUUACAUCCAACAAAAAAAAAACUAUAUUCAGCGAGAAAAAAAAAAACCAAAAGAUGAACUUCAUCUCUGAUCAGGUAAAGAAACUCUCCGACACGAAAACGGCGGAGCCGGAGCACAACAAGCCCGUCGAAGGAACCGAAACAACCAAUAGACCAGCUUCCUCCGCCGAGGUCAUGGCUAGUGCCAAGAUUGUAGCCGAAGCUGCUCAAGCCGCAGCUCGUAACGAAUCCGACAAACUCGACAAGGGUAAAGUCGCCGGAGCCAGCGCUGAUAUCUUAGACGCCGCCGAGAAGUACGGUAAGCUCGAUGAAAAAAGCGGUGCUGGUCAGUACCUCGAGAAGGCCGAGAAGUAUCUCAACGAGUACGAAUCUACACACUCUACUUCCGGCGCCGGUGCUCCUCCUCCGGCGGCGGCGAGUCAUGAUGAUCCGGCGGCGGCGAGUCAUGAGGAGCCGGCAGCUAAGAAAGCCGAUGAAGAGUCUGGUGGUGGCUUGGGAGGUUAUGCAAAGAUGGCUCAAGGUUUCAUGAAGUGAUUUGUGAUCUUUAUUUGUAGUUUUAUUCAUGCGCGUAAUAAUAAGAUUAAAUAACUAAGUACGCUAAUUAGUAAUUAUGUUGCAUCGUUUAGUAUGGUCGUAUGAUGUAAUAAUAACUUUGGAGAUCAUGAAUCUAUCCUUGUUAUGUCAGAAAAAAAAUUUGUGUUUAUGCUAAAUUUUAUUGCU